AUGGCGAAAAAGAGAAAAGCUGAUCAAGCAAAUCUUGAUGCUUUAUCUGAAGAAGCCGGUCGAGAAUUUGGAAUAUCACUUAAAGAUUUAAAAACAUUAAUGCAAACACGUGGCCACGAUGGUGUUAGAGAAAUUAAUGAAAUUCAUGGUGGUCUUAGUGGUAUUGGACAAAGAUUGAAAACAAAUUUAAUUACAGGUUUAUCCGAAAAUGCAAGUGAUCUAUCCCUACGUGUAGCAGCAUUUGGCCGCAAUGAAAUUCCCCCUAAACCACCUAAAACAUUCUUUCGUCUUAUGUUUGAAGCUCUUCAAGAUGUUACACUUGUUAUACUUAUUAUUUGUGCUAUCAUUUCAUUUUGUCUAUCAUUUUAUCAUCCAAGUGAAGAUACAUUUGAAUCUGCAACUAAACCAAAAGAAGCAAAUGUUGAAUGGAUUGAAGGUGCAGCAAUUAUUAUUGCUGUAAUAGUUGUUGUUCUUGUAACAGCAUUUAAUGAUUGGACAAAAGAACGACAAUUUCGUGGUCUUCAAUCAAAAAUUGAACUUGAUCAAAAAUUUAAUGUCGUUAGAAAUAGUAUUGUUAAACAAAUUCCAAUUAAAGAAAUCGUCGUAGGAGAUAUAUGUCAAGUUAAAUAUGGAGAUUUAUUACCAGCUGAUGGUGUUGUUGUACAAUCAAAUGAUCUUAAAGUUGAUGAAUCAUCAUUAACUGGUGAAUCGGAUUUAAUUAAAAAACAUGAAUCAAAAGAUCCAUUUCUUCUCUCGGGUAAUGAUUAUUAUCUAAUGAAAACAUAA